AUGGGAAGACGUAACUCUGAAAACAACGACCGUCGUACUGAACAAUUCCGCAAGCUGUUCAUUGGAGGCCUGACUCCUCUUACUACAGAAGCCAAGCUGAAGGACUUCUAUUCACAGUGGGGCGAAAUUGUCGAUGUUGUGGUGAUGAAAGAUGGUCGAACCAACCGCUCCAGGGGUUUUGGUUUUAUCACUUACAAGGAACCAGAAAUGGUGGAUGCUGCUCAAGCUAAUAGACCACAUGAAAUUGAUGGUAAAACCGUUGAAGCCAAGAGAGCUAUGCCGCGUGAAGAUUCAAAUAGUCCCGAGUCCCACAUGACUGUAACGAAGCUGUUUGUAGGUGGCUUGAAAAAAGAUGUAACUCAUGAAGAACUGCGUGAAUAUUUCAGCAAGUAUGGUAACAUCACUGAGUGUGAGGUUGUUGCUUGGAAGGAGUCGGGCGAGUCACGCGGUUUCGGAUUCGUCACGUUUGAUGAUUACGACCCUGUUGAUAAAGCUAUACUGUAUAAACCACACCAUAUCGGAUCCAGUAGGGCAGACGUAAAGAAGGCUCUCAGUAAAGAGCAAAUCAACACAAUGAAGAAGAAGCAAGAGUCCCGAAAUGACUACAAUAACAAUUACGGUGGCGGCGGCGGUUAUGGACCGAUGGGUGGAGGCUAUGGCGGGUAUGACGGAGGUUACGGGGGUUCCUACGGAGGUGGUCCUUAUGGUGGAUAUGGCUCAAACGGUGGUGGUGGUGGCGGUGCCUACGGGGGUGGGAAUUACGGAGGGGGUUGGGGUCCAAAUCACAUGAAUGGAGAUGGUCCUGGCUGGGGCCAGGGAGGAAUGGGUGAUGGAUUUGGGCACUACGGGAACCAACAAAACUAUGCCGGUGGUCCGAUGCGCGGUGGCCCACCAGGCGGUUACCAGAGGAAUGCUCCCUAUGGAGGGUUAGUAUGGCCUCAACAGUUUGGUCUAGGCAGUUCUACUAGCAGAGGAGACAGAGUUGUCCUAGCGCCCUCAAGUUCUAGGUCAGCCAGCAGAAAGUCGACAGCCUGUCUAUAG